AUGGGCCACGAGAUGAGCAACGGUAGCGGUGAUGGCAACUGUAACGGCAAGGGCAACGGCAACAGUAGCGGUGACGGAGGUGGCGACCAUUGUGGCGCCAUACGCAACGUCCUUUGUGACACCAGGGGCUUGGUGCUACAACUAGGGCGUUGGGACCUGUUGCCCAAACAGACUGCGCUGCAGUUUCAGACUGGAGGGAGUCUGGCGGCGGCUCUGCUGCCCAACUCUCUCGAGGCCCUUGGGUACACGAGGAUGUCAGCUUCAGCCUCCACUUCGUCUCAACUGCCCAUCAAGGGGAUCCUGAAAAACAAAAGCUCAUCGGGUUCCUCAGUGUCGGCUGCCGGUCAGCAAUCUGGAGAGAAUAUUCAAGAUGCAAACAGGAAGAAAUCCCAGAAAUGGGAUGAAUCAAGCAUCCUUGCGACAUACCGCGCAACCUACAAAGAUUACGGUUUAAUGAAGGAAGAUGAGCCUAGCACUUCCUGCAAGAGUGCGCAAGACGAUGAGGACAAUUCAGUGUAUGAUGUUGAAGGAGAGGAAGCUGUGACCCUCGACAUGCUACUUAAAAAACUAGCUGCCACUGAUACUUCGGACCAGAGCUGUGAAGUGGAAGAACCAGAGUGUAGCGACGCAUACGUGAAAAAAAUCCUCCUCCGCAAGCAGGAGAAACAGCGGCAGUUUGAAAUGAAAAGAAAGCUUCAUUGCAAUGAAGAAUUGAACAUCAAAUUAGCUAGACAGUUAAUGUCCAAAGACCUCCAAAGUGAAGAUGAUGACAGUGAAGAAAAGCUGCAAGCCACUAACGAAGAUAAGAUUGCUGCAGAAAAAUCAGAGGAAGCUCCUCUAAGCGAUUAACUUCAAGUUCAGUCAUGCGACACAUAG